AUGGACGGCUUCCUAUCCAUCUCCCCUGUUGACCUAGCCGGCCGGCGAAGACCUGUUAUCAGCCUGUCAUCCCACACCUCAAGUUCUAAUUUUUUUCUAAAACUCUUCGUCACCGCAAUCCCCAAGCCGAUUCCUUUCCUCCGACCAAAUGUCUCCCCCUCUCUCCUCCCCCCUCCCCCCCUCCUCCUCUCCCUCCUCCCCCUUUCCACCCCCUUCUCCUUCAAUUUCACCUACUUCAACUCCUCCACUCCCCAAUUCAUCACCUUCCAGAACGAUUCCUUCUUCGACAAAGUUAUCAAGCUUACCAAAAACGAGCUCGGCAGUUCCAUAGCCAAGGGCCGCGCCGUCUACCGCGACCCCAUCCGCAUUUGGGAUUCCGCCUCCGGCGACCUAGCCGACUUCACCACCCACUUCUCCUUCGUCAUCGACGCCUUAAACAGUUCCUACUACGGCGACGGCCUCACCUUCUUCCUCUCCCCCUACCCUUCCAUCGUCCCCGCCGAUUCCUCCGGCCGCAACCUCGGCCUCGUUGACGGCAGCGUGGCGCCCAACAGCACAGUCAAUUUCGUCGCCGUCGAGUUCGAUACCUACAAGAAUGAAUGGGAUCCGAGCGCGGACCACGUCGGCAUCGAUAUUAACUCCGUCGAAUCGGUGGCAACCAUCACGUGGAGCAGCAGCCUCAAGGACGGCAGGAUCGGGAACGCUUGGGUGACCUACAACGCUUCCACGAAGAACCUCAGCGUCUUCCUCACCUACGAAAAAGAUCCGAUCUUUACCGACCAGCAAACCCUCUCCUACAUUGUUGACUUGAGAGAUGUCUUGCCGGAGAUGGUGGCCGUCGGAUUUUCGGCAGCCACCGGGACUUAUGUGGAGAUACACAACAUACUUUCAUGGGAUUUCAACUCUACCAUGAAAUUCGUGGAUGAAAGGAACAGAAAGAGCAGGGCGGGUUUAGUAGUGGGAGUAUCAUUAGCCGUUGGGUUGUUCCUGAUGGUUGGGGGAUUUGCCUGGUUUCUUUUUUGGAGGAGGAGAAUGAAGAAAGAAAUAAAUGAUGGUAGCUUUGAUGAAGAAGAAGGUGAUAUGACCAUUGAUGACGAGUUUGAGAAGGGAAGGGGAGGACCUAAGAGAUUCCAUUAUAGUGAGCUGGCUGCUUCGACGAAGAACUUCGAUGAGGAGAUGAAGCUUGGAGAAGGGGGGUUCGGCGGAGUUUACAGGGGAGUGCUCAAGGAUCCCAUCGUCGAGGUUGCGAUCAAGAGGGUUUCGAGGGGAUCGAAGCAGGGGAAGAAGGAGUAUGUUGCAGAGGUGAAGAUUAUAAGCCAGCUGAGGCAUAGGAACUUGGUGCAGUUGGUAGGGUGGUGCCAUGGGAGAGGAGAGCUCAUACUGGUUUAUGAGUUGAUGCCAAAUGGAAGCCUGGAUGGUUACCUUUAUGAGAGCAAGAAAUCUCUGGCUUGGCAUUUGAGGUACAAAAUCGCUCUUGGUCUGGCAAGCGCCAUCCUCUACCUCCACGAAGAAUGGGAAGAAUGCGUCGUCCACCGCGACAUCAAACCCAGCAACGUAAUGCUCGACGCCUCCUUCAACGCCAAACUCGGCGACUUCGGCCUCGCCCGUCUCGUCGACCACGAUCGCGGCAUGCAAACCACCGUCCUCGCCGGCACCAUGGGCUACCUCUCCCCCGAAAGCCUCACCUCCGGCCAAGCCAGCAAGGAAUCCGAUGUCUACGCUUUCGGCAUGGUUCUUCUCGAACUCGCCUCCGGCCGCCGCCCCGUCGAGCCUAAAGAACGCCCCAAUCGAAUCGGUCUUGUCGGCUGGGUUUGGGACCUUUACGGCAGCGGGAAGAUGAUGGAGGCCGCCGACCAGCGAUUGAGGGAUGAGUUUGAUGAGGAGGAGAUGGGGAGGUUGAUCGCGGUGGGGUUGUGGUGCGCUCAUCCUGAUAGUACGAUGAGGCCGACGGUGAGGCAGGCGAUGGCGGUGUUGAAGAAGGAGGCCACGGUGCCGAAGUUGCCGGCGAGGAUGCCGGUGCCGAUGUACUGUCCGCCUCCGACGACGUUGAUGACGAAUGGUUUUACUUAUACGUCGUCGUCGCCGGGAUCGGCGUAUAGUGGGUUUUCGACGACGAAUGGUUCCAGCGGCGGGGGUUUAGUGGCAAGACAGGCGGAGGAGGCGGAUGCAAGGUGAUGAUUAGUUAGGGUUUCCCAUGCAAAUCAAUUCUUUGUGCUCUCCAAAUGUA